AUGGCCGCCAUGCGCUCUGGAGCUGCAGCAGUUUUGGCACGGAAGCUGGCGCAGGGCUUCCCGGCUGGGGCACCCCGGCACUUCUCCUCGCUGCAGCUGAAGGUGGAUGACUUCUGCCGCCAUGUGGACAAGCACCUCCCCAAGGAUGGCAAGAAGGUGGUGUUCGCAACGGCUUGGCUGGCCACUGACAACGUCUUUGUUGCUCUGAUGCGCAAGCACUUCCCCGAGGUUCUGGAUGGCAUGAACUUGGUGGCCAUUGACACCCUGCACCUCUUCCCCAGCACCCUGGAGUGCGCUCGCCUGGUGGAGGGCAAGUAUGCGAAGAAGGCCAUGUGGAAGCUCCCUGAGGGCGUGACGACGACGGAGGAGUUUAUCGCUAAGUAUGGCGACUGCGAAGAGAUGGAUUCCGCCGACUUCGACUUCGUCAGCAAGGUGGAGCCCUUCCAGCGUGCCCUGACGGAGUGCGAAAAGGACAUCCUCAUCACGGGUCGGCGCAUGGACCAGGCCGCCCAGCGCAUCGCCCUGGAUGUCUGGGAGGAGCAGAAGCGGACUCUGAACCCCAUGGCCGGCUUCUCCUGGCAGGACAUCAUUGCCUACGUGGACAAGGAGGGCGUUCCGGUCAACAGCGGCCACAACUGGGCCUUCCGCUGCGACGCCCCCAUCGAGGCCACCAGCCGACACCUCCCUGACCUGCCCUGGACCAAGGUGGACCUGGGCAAGCCCUUUUGGCAGGCCUCUGAGGCAGAGAUCAAGGGCUCGCCGCCGGCAGCGGUGACCUAUGUCUACAAGUCCUUCGGCGACAUGCACACCACAGUGCCUGUGGAGCCCCACGAGAGCGAGCGCGCGGGCCGCUUCGUGCGCCAGGCCAAGACCGAGUGCGGCAUCCACACUCGCACCACCUCGGCGGGUGCCCCGCAUGGUGGAUCCCUGGUCGACCUGAUGGUCAAGGACCCGGCGGAUGCCAAGAAGUUGGUGGCGAGCGCGGCCAAGACCAUCGAGCUGAACGAGCGCCAGGCCUGCGACGUGUUCUGCCUGCUGAGCGGCGCCUUCAGCCCCCUCACCGGUUUCAUGGAUGAGACCACCUACGACUCCGUGGUGAAGGCCAUGCGUCUGCCGGAGAAGCAGCUCUUCGGACUGCCGGUGAUCUUCGACAUGCCCCAGGUGGACGGCCUCAAGACGGGUGAUAAGCUGUUGCUGAAGUGGAAGGGCGAGGACGUGGCCGUGCUCGAGGCUUCCUCCAUCUGGGAGCCGAACAAGGUGGUGGAGGCUAAGGAGUGCUACGGCACCUCCAGCCUGGAGCACCCCACGGUCGCUGGGCUGGUGCAGGAAAUCGGCAAGUUCUACGUGGGCGGCAGGAUCCACGGCCUUCAGCUGCCCAAGUUCGGCUACACCACUCAGACCCCGGCGGAGGUGCGCGCCACGCUGCCGGAGAACAAGCAGGUGGUUGCCUUCCAGAACCGCAACCCCAUCCACCGGGCUCACUUCGAGCUGUUGAUUUGCGCCCAGAAGGACGUGAAGGACUCCGUCCUGUUGGUGCACCCCACCUGCGGCCCCACUCAGCCUGGUGACAUCGAUGGCCUGGUGCGCAUCCAGACCUACGAGGCCCUGAAGAAGGAGACGGAGAAGGAGUACCCCAUGUUCCGCUGGGCGUACCUGCCAUACAGCAUGAAGAUGGCCGGACCCCGCGAGGCGAUCCAGCACAUGAUCAUCCGCAAGAACUAUGGCGCCACUCACUUCAUCAUUGGCCGUGACAUGGCAGGCACCAAGAGCACCAUCGACGGUGAGGACUUCUAUGGCGCGUACGAUGCGCAGGAGACCGGCAAGAAGUACUCCGCCGAGCUGGGCGUGACGGUGACACACUACGAGAACAUGGUGUACGUCGGCUCUGAGGAGGGCUACGUGCAGGAGAGUCCGAUGGGUCCGAUUUGCACCGGGUUCCCGAAAGCGAUGCCAUGA